CUUCAAGAGGAGUAGCUAAUGUUAUGUAAAAGUGUUUUUGUCCACUGGUCUUCACCAUAAGGGUUAAGCCCUAUCCAAAGGGUCACAAGAUAAAUUUGAGAAAACAUGCAUCAUUAUUGAGGUAGAAAAGAAAAAAAAAGUUCAGCUCCAUAGAAAUAUGUGUUAACUUGUCUGACAUUUUCUAUUUGUUUUUGGUGGGUUUUAUUCCAAAGUUUAGAGUGGAACUGUCUCUUUGGUGGAACCGCUAACAACCUGGAUACCCCAACUUACACUGCUUUCAUGUAGGUAACAAUUAAUUUCUCAAACAAAUGUAAUGGACUAAACAAACAUACAAUACAUCCCGCUGAAAUGUGGUCGAGUAGAGGUAUAAAGAAAACGUCAGACCUUGAAUUAAUGUAAGUUUGUGCUCUCCAUCACCUCUUGUAUGAUAUUAUGAGUGAUAAAGAGCUUGGGAUAGGCAUACAAAUAUUACAAUUUCUUUAAAAUUAUAAGAGGUAACUUGAAAACAUUCAUGUUGUGAUAUCGAACGCAUGUUUUUUGAGAAAUAGCUGGAAUAUUAAAUGCUAAAAACCUUUCACUACAAAGAUUGUUGCAAGAGCAUUACCACACUUAAGCAUCUCCGGGUUAAACAAACAAAAACAAAAGUAUGGUAAGUAACUGUGUUUGCCUGCCCCCUAUAAUUCAGUGUGUAGUAGUCAGUGCAGCUGCAAACUGAUGGUGGAUCAGGCGGUGCAGUCAGCUGACUAAACUUGGAGUGGAGUCAGCAGCUUUUUGGGCUCCUCUGGUUUCCUGCUGCUGACUAGGAGGAGAACUUUGCUAUUUUAGAUACAUGUUGCAGCUUCUGUAAACGCGUGGCUGCAUAAAGAGGUCUUUGAAUGAGUGCAGAGCUGCAGUAUCCUGUUCUAUCACAAAGAUUCCUGUUCAGCUGCAGUCACGAGUUGCUCCUGACACACUCACUUCCUCCUUCACUGCCACAGACACAUAGAACACACUCUCUGCCACCGACACGCACGAUGGCUUCUCUGGAGCAGCUGCAGCAGGGUUUAGAAAAUGCUGGGCAGCCACAUGUCCUGCAGUUCUGGCCGGAGCUGAGUGAGGAGCAGAGGGACGCUUUCCUCCAGGAGCUGGCUCAGUUGGACCUGCAAGGACUCAGGGAGCACUGCGAGGCGGCCGCCAAGGCUGCAGCCUCUCCGCCUGUUUGCCUGGACCAGCACAUGGAGCCGCUGUUUCCGGACAGCAUCGGCAGCGUGAGGAAGAACGACACAAAGAAUCUGUCAGGUUGGGAACAAGAAGGCCUGCUGAAAAUCUCAGAGAGUCGUGUUGGAGUCCUGCUCCUGGCCGGUGGUCAGGGGACCCGUCUUGGUGUUCAGUAUCCCAAAGGGAUGUAUAAUGUUGGGCUGCCAAGUGGAAAAACUCUGUAUCAGAUCCAGGCAGAGCGCAUUCACAAAAUCCAGGAAAUUGCAGACAGCAAGCAUGGCUCUAAAUGCACUGUACCAUGGUACAUAAUGACCAGUGAGUUCACUCUGGCUCCCACUGAGAAGUUCUUUGAAGAGAACAACUACUUUGGUCUGCAGCCAUCAAACAUCGUUAUGUUUGAGCAGAGGAUGAUCCCAGCUGUGACCUUUGAUGGAAAAGUCAUCCUGCAGGGUAAAGGGAAGAUAGCUAUGGCCCCAGAUGGUAAUGGAGGUCUUUACCAGGCACUGUUGGACAAUAAAGUGCUGCAGGACAUGAAGAAGAGGGGAGUGGAGUACCUGCAUGUAUACUGUGUGGACAACAUCCUGGUCAAGAUGGCCGACCCCAUGUUUAUUGGCUUCUGUGUGAGCAAAGGGGCUGACUGCGGGGCCAAGGUGGUGGAGAAGGCAUAUCCUGCAGAGCCGGUGGGCGUGGUUUGCAGAGUGCGAGGGGUCUCCCAGGUGGUGGAGUACAGCGAAAUCAAGCCAGAGAUGACUGAACUUAGGGGACCUGGAGAGGAAUUUGUCUACUCUGCUGGAAACAUCUGCAAUCACUUCUUUACCAGAACCUUCCUGCAGGACGUGACCGAGAAAUUUAUGGGCCAACUGAAACAACAUGUUGCUAUUAAGAAAGUACCGUUUGUGGACACGUGGGGCAACCAAGUCAAACCUACCAAACCCAAUGGUAUAAAGAUGGAGAAAUUUGUUUUUGAUGUCUUCCGAUUCUCAAGGAAUUUUGUUGCAUUUGAGGUUGUGAGGGAGGAUGAGUUUUCCCCCCUGAAAAAUGCAGACGGAGCAACCAAAGACAGUCCAAUCACAGCCAGAAACUCUCUGCUGGCUCAACACUGCCGCUGGGCCACAUCUGCUGGAGCCACACUGCUAGAUGAACAUGACAAUCCCCUUCCUCCAUCAGCCAGUAUAUCAGCAGAGGACAGUACUCCGGCACAAUUCGAGAUUUCACCACUGGUCUCAUACUUUGGAGAAGGUCUGGAGCAGCUGCUGAAAGGGAGGACACUGACAACUCCCUUCAUUCUGGAUAAAAAAAGGGCCAAAGAGCUGCAUGCUCAGUAGCAUCUUUUUGAUUCAGAGAGUGUUGUGUGACUGCAGCGGACAAUUCAACAUUGUGUAACUCAGAUGUCCAAAGUCUGGAUCUAUGUGCAUGAGUAGUUUCGAACCAAGAAUGCACCAUUUUCUAAACAAGCUAAAUGUGAUUCUAAUCAUAUGAAGCUACGAUGUCAUUUAAUGCCCUUUUCAGUUUGCUAAGCUUCAAUGUGAUGCAAUCUGUCCAUACCAAAUAAGAGAUCAAGUAUGAGGUCUGGAUUUUUUUAAAUAAAAUGUUUGGAUUCACUAACAAAUAAUAAUAAUAAAAAAUCUAAGUGUAAAAACAAAAAAAGAAAUUUUGUGAAUUCAUUCUACUAUUUAAAUCUUUUUCCUCAAUAAAUGAAUGUAUUGAAGUAGUUUUGAGUAUUCAAUAAUGGACUGACCCAUGUAAAGAAAGUUAAAAGCAUUUAAAACUUGCUGUAGAAAGCGUCUGCUUUGGAGUUGUGAAUCACAAAAGCGAUUGCUUAUAAUCUGUUCAAACAUCGGGAAUAGAAGCAAAGGCAGAUUAAAUGAAUGGUGGAAGACAGAAAACUGACUGUGAUAUAACUUGCACAAGAGCAGACGUUGCCAAAUAAGCAUGGCUUCAAUUUUAAACAUUUCGUUCAUUCCUCUAUCAGCCAUAUGCACACAAAAAGCUGCUACAAGGCAGUGAAGCUAAACAAAGUGAAAUGUAAAGAAUAAAGUGGGAAAAUUAUGUUCAGUAAAAAUUUCUACAUUCAAGAUGUGAUAGAAUAUCAUCUGUGUAUAAAGGAUGCAUAGAACUGGAGGUAAU